AUGGUAUCCUCUGAUGUAUUUGGGACUUCGCCACUAGGAGACACAAGACGUCAACCGUUGCACGUUGAUUCUUCAUCCCCUGACCUCCCAUCGCUUCGCGACGUUUUAACGACGAAAGCCACAUCCCAACCUUCGGUACACAAUGGAAGCGGAGCAGAAACACUUUCGAGGGAUGGACCAUCUGGCUUCAUCUCUGCUCGCCAACUCUAUCCAGCAACAGAAUCCGCGCCAAAUGUUGUUUCGACAUCAUCGACGGGAUCGCCUUGGGCAUUGUCCCAUCACGGUGAACCCACUGGACUCACAGAAGAUGCACCUGGAAACGGUGGAUUUAUCGCUGGGGACAAUGAGCCACCAAAAGAACGAGAGGAACAUAUAGAGGUGAUCAAAAUCACAGGCAAGUCGACCAGAAAGCCUCGCCAACAGAAGGUGUCAAAACAAGUUGCACCUAAACGGGCUGCCAAGCCUAAACCAGCGACAAAGAAGCAGUCGAGCAAAGCAGCUAGCAAAGACCAUAGCCCUGCAGAGGAUAAUGAUGAUGACAAACAAAAGAAAGUCAAGGCUGCGAAGCCAAGGAAGAAAACCGGUACUAUGAGUAGCCACUUUCCACCACCAGGGGAGUCCAAGGAUUUGGAAAAGGCGAAACAGAUUGAUGUGAAUGAACCCCUUCAUCUGGAACAAGCACCUGCACGGAGAUUGGACUGGACCCCUCCAGCUCAAAAGACUAUUGUCGAUAUUGAGUCAGAUUCAUCUGUUUUCAAAAAGUCAGGGUCUUCUGAGGCGGAUCAGCAGCCUGUCUUCAAGAACCUUGUCGAGGGUUACUCUUGCAUGGAAGAGCCUAACGAAUCGACAUCUCACAGCAUAACGAAUGCUUCAGACGAAGACUCCAGUUUCCUCAAGAAACGAAAGCGCAUCGAACUUUUAGCGACAAAGGCCACCGAUCCACCAGCUAUGGCACCUGACAAGUCUCCAACGAAGAAGGCCCCCAAAAAGAAGAGGCCCAGGACUAUUACGGAACUUGCAACGGCUGCGUACCGAGUGCCUAGUCAGCCAGAUACUGAGCCUCCAAACGCUUCUAUUCUUGACCAUUUCCCCACUACUGACAAGGAGACUGGGUCUCUGACUGAUGAGCAUCGAAAGAAUGUUAAGGGCAAAAGCACAUCACGACGGAAACCAUCGAAAGCCCCUAAAAAGAAAGUGCCCCCAAAGCCCGUGUUGUUGUCACCCAGUGCGGCUUUGGCCCAGGUUGCUAACCAGGAUUUUGUUUUCGGAACCUCAAGCCAGCUUGCCAGAGAAGAAUCCCCGACUGUCCUCAGGGAUCUUCAGGCAGCCUUGAGACAGUCCAAUCAGCACCACGACAUAGAUCUCAACAUACCUUGGAAUAGUGAUGCGAUAGAAUCGCCGCAACCACGAAGUAACCUUUGGGAUGCAGCUGCUCGUGAUGCAGAAGGGGAUCUCUUCGAUGUCGAAGUAAUCAAUCUUGCAGACGACACAGGACUCUCGGAGGUUGGUCACAUUUCAAACCCAUUUGGAUAUCAACUGGGUGCAGACGAUUCCGUCAUUUGUGUCGAGAGCCGUGUGCUCAAUGAUCAUAUUCCACCUGCCCACCCUUGCGACGAUAGGCCAUCGCCUGAUGAGAAGGACCUGGUCGACUCAGGAGCUGGCUCCCCAUACUUUUCCGACAGUGAACUGUCAACAAGGACUGAUAUUCAUCGCCCGCCGCUAGCACAAACAGAAUUUGGGCAGGCAAAUCAAAUGAUGACGGCAGAAGAACCUGAGAGCUUACCCGAGCUCCCACCACAACCACCUCGGCCCAAUUAUGAAGCGUUCACAGACAUUCGCUUGGCAAGAGAAAUAAAAGGGUUUGGUUUCAAACCCAUCAAGCGGAGAAGUGCGAUGAUUGCACUACUCGACCAAUGUUGGCAGAGUAAGUCUCGCAUAGGCCAGGCCAGCCUCCAUACCAACACCAAGUUAUCUUCACCCACCAAAACUACCAGGGCGACAUCGUCGGCUACUACUAGUAGUCCAAAGAAACCCAGAGGCAGGCCGCGGAAAAACAGUAUUAAUGCUCCUGAGCCCCAGGAACCGCCUCCAUCUGCUCAACCGCCUGAAACCCCCAAGAAGACUCGUGGCAGACCAAGGAAAGACAGUUUGAGUUCGGCACCAGGCGUUGCCUCUCCAAGCAAGCCUAAAUCAGCGGCGAAACCAAAGCGGGCGGCGGCAUCACCUCGCCGCAAGAAGGCUACUGCUAAAUCUGUCAUUGAGAUACCUGAUUCCGAAGAUAACGAGAGCGACUUUGGUUCUUCGCCCGAUACCAACGUCGAACAAAUGUUUUCUUCCCCACCACCAUUGGACAUGUCUCUUACAACUAAUGAUGGCACACCGCUCACAACCACCCAGAGCGAUCAAGAGGCACUUUUGUUUGGUCACAUCACCAAUGCUGUUACAUCUGCCCCGCGUACUACUGACCCGCAAGAGCCAUCCUGGCAUGAAAAGAUGUUGAUAUACGAUCCAAUCGUUUUAGAAGAUCUUGCAGCAUGGCUCAAUACGGGUGAGCUUAGUCGCGUGGGCUAUGAUGGGGAGGUUAAUCCAAAUGAUGUCAAGAAAUGGUGCGAAUCGAAAAGUAUAUGCUGCCUGUGGCGGAUCAGCCUGCGCGGCAGAGAACGGAAGCGAUUUUGA